CUUCCCUCCUGCUGUGGGCUGUCGGGGCCUGGUGGAGCAGCUCGGGCACUGCCCAGGACUCACUGGGCACCGCACUCUGCUAGGGCUCUUGCGCGGGUCCCUGACGAGGACCCCCGAGUCGGGGCGCCCAGCCGAUGCCUGCAGGAUCCCGCUGGUGCCCACAGGCCAGCUAGCGCGGUGCCUGGCGGUCCGCGCUGCGGUGGGAGGACCAGGUGAAUCCCGGACCGAACUCCAGCGGGACUCGGCUGCGCGUAGCCGGAAUCCAGAGAGUGAGAUGACCUCAAUCUUGCGAAGCCCUCAGGCUCUCCAGCUCACUCUGGCCCUGAUCAAGCCUGAUGCUGUCGCUCACCCACUGAUUCUGGAGGCUGUUCAUCAGCAGAUUCUGAGCAACAAGUUCCUUAUUAUACGAAUGAAAGAACUUCUGUGGAGAAAAGAAGAUUGCCAGAGGUUUUACCAAGAGCAUGAAGGGCGUUUUUUCUAUCAGCGAUUGGUUGAGUUCAUGGCCAGUGGGCCAAUCCGUGCCUAUAUCCUGGCCCGCAAGGAUGCCAUCCAGUUCUGGAGGAUGAUGAUGGGACCCACCAGAGUGUUUCGAGCACGCCACAUGGCCCCAGAUUCAAUUCGUGGAAGUUUUGGCCUCACGGACACCCGCAACACCACCCAUGGCUCUGACUCUGUGGUUUCAGCCAGUAGAGAGAUUGCAACCUUCUUCCCUGACUUCAGUGAACAGCGCUGGUAUGAGGAAGAGGAGCCCCAGUUGCGCUGUGGCCUUGUACGCUACAGUCCAGAGGGAGGCAUCCACUGUGCAGCCGGAACAGGAGGCCCAGGACCAGCCUGAUGCAGGCCUGUCAGCCUGUAAAGACCAGUAGAUUGCCUGACAUUUUCUUAUAGACCUCUGGCAUAGGACAUUUUCCUUGGACCAGGAAAUCCUAGGUCUCUUGAUACCAUCUCUACUGGGCACCACUCCCAGCCCUGGAGACUCACUGCCAACUCCUCCAGAAUCUGGCUGUCUAUCUACCUCUCCUCUGAAAUGUUCAUGGGUGGUCAGAGGGACAACGGCGCUUCUUUGCUGAGAACUGUUCAUCCUUCCUCAAGGAGUACGUUGCCUAAACAAUGCAGUGACUCUGUGUCAGCAACAUUUGCUCUAUCUUCUUCAAUAAAAGUCUACUAAAUCCCCAAGGGUAGGAGCCCUACUUUGGUGCUUUCUAUCCUUAAUGGAAGCUGUUAAAUCUGCCCUGAAGCCAAGUUUCAGGUCUGUGUUAAGUGAAGAGGAAAUUUUGUAGAAAGCUGUGAGCAGGCUCAUGCCAAGUGCAGCUUAGGCAGUGCACAAAGGCACCCAACCCUAGAGCUGUACCUGUG